AUGCCUGCUUGGGUUGGGGGCUGGGACAAAGCAAUAAGUGGGGGGAGGGAGGUAGAAGAGGAAGAUAUGUGGAAACCUCAGGAGAUGGGAAUGCAGAGGGACAGGAAAGGUUGCCAAAGAAGUUCUGCUGCAGAGCUGGGAAUGAGAUUGAGGGACUGGAUCUGGGGGAACAGAGGAGACAAACAGAUUAAGGAAUGGAAUAAAGGGAGUGGUGAGCUCAGGAGACUCCUAGAUGUUGGAGAUGUCAGAGCUGUGGAUACCUGCCAAGGACAGCUGCUCACAGAGAAUGGAACCAGCCCAAAGGAAGAGGAUUCACCCCAGAGUCAGCCUCUGUCCAACUCUCCUGCAGCCUGGGGAUUCUCUCAGUGCCUCCCAGCAACAUGGGCCUUCCACACACUGAUUCUCAUUCUUCUCUUCUGUACACAGAAUAAACCAAGCACAUCUUUAAAUGAAAGGAACCAGAGGAAGCUACUCCUUAUAGCUAUGUCUGCUCUGACAAGUGUAUCUCAGGGAGUGUUAUUGAAUCACACCUUAGUCACUGAAUUUCUCCUCUUGGGAGUGACAGACAUAGAAGAAUUGAACCCUGUUCUCUUUGUCACAUUCCUUACCAUGUACUUUGUCAAUGUGGCUGGGAAUGGAGCCAUCCUGACGAUCGUCAUCUUGGAUCCAAGACUCCACUCACCUAUGUAUUUCUUCCUGGGAAACUUAGCGUGUCUAGAUAUCUGCUACUCCACCGUGACAGUGCCAAAGAUGCUGGAGAACUUCCUCUCCACAAGCAAAGCAAUUUCCUUUCUGGGAUGCAUAACCCAGCUUCAUUUCUUCCACUUCCUGGGUAGCACAGAGGCCUUGCUACUGACAGUAAUGGCAUUUGAUCGUUUCAUGGCUAUCUGCAAACCACUCCAUUACUCUUUCAUCAUGAAUCGUCAAGUCUGUAUCCAGAUGGCUUUCACCAUUUGGGCUAUUCCUUUUCUCCAUGCUCUUCUUCACUCCAUAAUGACAUCUCGUUUGAACUUUUGUGGUUCCAACCAUAUCCAUCAUUUCUUCUGUGAUGUUAAGCCAUUACUGGAGCUGGCCUGUGGAAAUACUGAACUCAACAGGUGGUUGCUUAAUACUCUCACAGGGACCAUUGCCAUUGGUCUCUUCUUUCUCACGUUUCUCUCCUAUUUCUACAUUAUCACCCACCUGUUUCUCAAGACCCGUUCUUGCAGCAUGCUCCACAAGGCACUGUCCACCUGUGCCUCUCACUUCAUGGUUGUUGUUAUUUUCUAUGCCCCUGUUCUCUACAUCUAUAUCAGUCCUGCUUCAGGGAGUUCCCUGGAAGAGGACAGGAUUAUUGCCGUCAUGUACACUGUGGUCACUCCUGCACUCAAUCCACUUAUAUAUAGUCUAAGGAACAAGGAAGUGAGGGGUGCUUUUAAUAGGAAAAUCAGAAUACAGCUUUAA